CUAUUCAAAGAGCAAACCAAAAUGGAGGGCAGUUCUAUACUCCAUGCUUUCACUAACAUUUAUUUUGCCAUUUUUGCUUUGUUUUGCUUCAAGCUUUUAAUUAAGAUUUCCUUGGCUUUGCUGACCCAUUUCUAUAUCGUUAAAGGCAACAGAAAAGAGGCUGCCAGGAUAGCAGAAGAGAUCUAUGGAAUAGUCCCAGGCAGCUGGGCAGACCGAUCCCCUCUUCAUGACGCUGCCUUCCAAGGACGCCUCCUGUCUUUGAAAACCUUGAUUGCACAGGGUUUCAACGUGAACCUGGUGACGACGGACCGUGUGUCGGCUCUCCACGAGGCCUGCCUGGGCGGCCAUGUCGCCUGCGCGAAGGUGCUGCUGGAGAACAGUGCUCGGGUCAAUGCAGUCACCAUCGAUGGGAUCACUCCUCUGUUUAACGCCUGCUGCAGUGGCAGUGUGGCCUGUGUCAACAUGCUGCUCGAAUUCGGAGCCAAGCCGCAGCUCAGGAACCACCUUGCAUCGCCCAUUCACGAAGCAGUCAAGAGAGGGCACAGGGAGUGCAUGGAGAUCCUUCUGGCCCAUCAGGUUGACAUUGACCAAGAAGACCUGCAGCAUGGGACCCCGCUCUAUGUGGCUUGCACGUACCAGAGGACAGACUGCGUCAAGAAGCUUUUGGAGCUAGGAGCCAAUGUUAACAUGGGGAAGCGAUUAGACACCCCCCUCCACGCGGCAGCAAGGAAAUCCAGUGUGGAGGUAGUCGUCUUGCUGACAGACUAUGGUGCUAACCCGAGAUGCAGAAAUGCUGAACUCAAAUGUGCCCUGGAUCUUGCCGUACCCAACAGCAGAGUGGAGCAGGUGCUGCUGCUUCGGGAAGGUCCUGCCAGCCUAGCCCAGCUGUGCCGGUUGUGUAUCAGAAAGCAUCUGGGUCGGUCGUGCCUAUAUACAGUCCACAAGCUGCACCUGCCUGAGCCACUUGAGAACUUUCUCCUUUAUCGGUAAUUCUGUGACUAUCUUUAAAGAAAGAGGAACAAAUGGUUGUUUACUCCGAAAUUAUUAUAUUGAAGAAAAAAAUCAAAGACAUCAUUUACUGUCUUCGGUAGAUACCAAACAUUAGCUGCUAUGUGACAGUGCAAAUUGAAAACACCUUUUCACAGACAGUGAAUGAUAUUAUGGAUACAGUUCCCUCACAGUUUAUUGCCACAUCCACUUAGGCCAGGCUGAGAAGUUGUAAUACAUGAACAGCUCACCUGACAUGUGUUUGUAGAUGCACAUGCACACAUCCACCCACUCACAGACACACACAGAGGUUUCCCCUGCAUUUAGUGUUAUAUUUAUUCCUGUAGUAUCUGUGCAGCUUCUUCCUCUUGUCUAUCCAAUCUCACUGUCAAAAUCAAGGUAGUGGCUCUUAUUCUUCCACUAGUGUGAGAAUCAAAGCCUUCAGUGCCCAACGUCAGCCGUGUAUAAUAUAUUGCACAUCUUUUGUCAGCUUUGACUUUGCAUCCUGCCACCUCUUUCCCGUGGUCUAGUGGAGCCGUAGCAACUCCCAGCAGGCUCUGGCUGACCAGCCACUGUACAUCUCCUCACCCUGAGCCCAGCUGCCCCCAACACUAACACAUCUUGUCCUCUGAGGUGCAAAUGGUUUUAUCAAAGCAGAUGCAGGGGUUUGGAGUAAGCCCACAAAAAUGUGUGAAAUUCUUAAAGAAACCUUCAUCUCUUCUAGAAGAAGCGCUAAGCUAUAUCACCUGAGAUCUGGCUGUGUUCAUUACAUGAACUGUUUUUCUUAGCUGAAUUCCAGGACAGAACUGCAAAUGUUUUCAUAGGCACAGUAGGUCAGCAUUCAAUGUCUGUCCUUUGCAAGGUUUAAAGAUAACCAAAGGAAUGAGUUGUUUCUCUUCUUUUGGGCUUUGCAUGCUUUGACGUUUCUCAAGGUAAGUCCUUUGGCUGUAGAGCAAGAGAGAAGCAGGGCCCCUAAGGAUGGUUGUGCAUCACUUAAAUAUUCUCCUUGAUGGAUAUUGCUCGCCAGGAGGAGAAGUUUGCAGGCUUGUCUGCUCCCUCAUCCCCUACUCUAGAGGCUUUCAUCACCUUCCUGUGAGAACGGAUUUUGAGUGUUAUGACUGUGCACAUUGUGGUAUUAGUUUAAAUAUCAUUAGGGUUAGUAGCUUGGACACAGCAAAGCUAAAAAUGUGCACCUCUUUGAGUUGAGAAAUGUGGGAUCCAGCAACUGGUGCAACACCUGCGUGGCUCCGUAAAGGUUUGUUUAUUUUUCCCAUGGAGGUUGUUCUGAUGGGAGAAACGUUUCUUCAGACCCGAGUUUUGGUAAACUUCUGCCAUGAGACAGGCAAUGGUGUUUCACUAGUUGUAGCAAAAUGGGAAAUAGAGGUAAAAGGAGAGUCUGUCUCCACUUAGUUCAACUUCACUGGUUCGUGAGGCCGAAGACACAUUUUCAGGCUGUGAGACGUAGUGGUUUUAUUCUGAACUAUGCAUGCUGGUACCAAUUUUCACUGCCCAUACAUCUUAAAUCAGGGGGAACUGGUCUGCUGGAGGCUUCCAGGAGCCUUGAGCUCCUGUACCUGCCCCAGCAGCAGCAGCCUCUCUGGUUCGAUGUUAAUCCCUUAACCACCGUGAGAGUUUCCCUCUCUGAGACAUAGGUCUAAUGUUUCCCAUAUUUUCUUACGAUUAAUUCAGCACAAGUAAGAUAAAUUGUGCUCCCAGUAGUUCACAAGACUGGACCUGCAAUGUUACAGUCAAAAAUGAAUGUGGUUUUCAGUCUGUGUUUGCACAUAUUGAAUGCUAUCUGAUGGCAAGAACUAUUGCCCAUAAAGUUGUCAGUGACAUGAAUGACCUUGUACAGUACAGAAUAUCAUGAAUCUCAGAGACUUGAACUCUAAAUUCUCAAGAGCCUCUGAAAAUCAAAUACUAUCAAGAAAGAAAUGUCUAUAUUAAUCUGAUGUCAGCAGAUCUCUCUCGGUCUUAUCCUUACUGCCAGCUCACUUGCUCCGUUUGUAAGGUGGCAGUCAGAAUACCAUCCGCUAUCUAAAUGGAGAGGCAGAGCCUCAGCUGUGUGGGUUGUCAGACUUGCAUUGCAAUUAGGAACUAUGGCAAUUUAUGGGAUCUAUUUCAGAAUGUAUAAUACUGAAUUGAUUUCCUACUGCGAUCAUCAGUGAAAGCAAUAAUUCACUUGCAUAGGAUUUUAAAUUGAAAAAAUGUAUCUUCAUUAAGGAAAUGCAUAGUAUAUUCAGCCUCUCAGAAAGGUUUAUGUUAAGAUGCAGCAGAAGCUGCCCUGUAUUUAUUGCUGAUAUUAGCUUCCCAUCAAAAAAUCACCUCACCUUUGCUUCCUCCUGGAGAUAUCAGUCUUCCUGAAAUUCUGUAUAUCAGAGGGUCUGGAGGGAACAGAGCCUUAAUAAAUCAGAAGAGCAGCUCAGAAGUCCUGACGUUAAGAAAUUUCAUUAGAAACUUUACCUAGACUUUCUUGCUCUUAUCUCAAAAGAUUAAGUUACCCAUUUAAUUUUCAUUGACUGUGCUUUGUGUUGUAACAAUGCACGGAAAUAUUGCUGAGGAAAUAGCUGGAGGAGGUAUUUAAUUUUUUUUUGCAAAUACGCUGUCUCAUGUGAGGAUAGGGAAGGACUGGGACAAUUUGCUAGGAGGCUACUGAAUCUUGUUGGUGAUUUUUCAGAAUGAGUUUGAAAAACAUCUAUCAGAUGUGGAUACAGCAGCUUUUCCCCAGGCGGGAGAAUGGCUAACUCACAAGGUCUCUUUCCUUCAAAAUAGGUGGCAUCUUCUCUGUCAUUCUAUGAUCAUUGACAGAAACCGGUUAUUUGGGUAAAAUAUAGUUUUCCUGGGAACACAGACAUUUUUCAGUGCUGCAGUGUCCAUUGCUAUACCACAUCUGCAUGACUUUACCUCCAACAACUGCCAGUACUAUCUGCUUCAGUGAAAAGUGCUGCAUAUCUCAACAGGAAUAAUUACACAAUAUCCUGGCUAUUGGAAAAGUUCUUCUGAACCACAAACACUUACUGAUUCUGAGUACAGACACUGACUUGCAGUGUAAAGUACGAGCUUGGGCUGUGGAUGCUCACUAGCCAUAAAGUCCUUGGUCCUGGGUAUAUUUUGCAGGAGUGGCUUAAAUGGGUUACUGAUGUACAGUAUAAAACCAAAAGACUUCCUUUUAUCGUUCUCAAUCUGUUGGGCCACUUUUCAGUUUUCUUAUCUAUCUAUUAUGAGAGAUCCAGUGUGGAUUCAGAAAUGCCAGUGAUGAGGACCUCACAGAUGUCAGCCUAAUCAGAUGUUGACUUCAAACCAUCAUUAAUUACUCAGUAUAUCUCUAUCAUUGCUCAUGAUCCAAAGCAAAACAAAAUUAAAUGGGCUUUGUAUCAGCCCUGUCUUUAUCUUUAUUCUAAAAUAAGCAGUCUUCAUAUCUACGUUAUUUCUACCAGUAGAUGCAUUCCCAUGUCUCAAAACAUCUUUGCAAUCCUUCCCCCCCUGCACUGUAUCUUUUCUCACAUCAAUAAGCUCCUGUUCAUAGGCAUGUCUCUUCUGAUCAUCUUUCUCCUGGAUUCACAUAUUUCUCCUUUGUCACUAAGAAGACAGUUUUUAGUUUCCUCCUUGAGGAGUCUAACUCUUCAACAGCAGGAAUUUUAGCCAAGGUCAACCUGUCUCCUUGUUGUCUGUGUUAUUUCUCUUGCUCACCAGGAUGCUGUGUUGGGGUCCCCCCGCCAAACCUGCACAUCUCAGCCCUCCCUAGGCUUGGGGGAGGGCACUGGUGUUCAGAGAGCUCUCACCCCCGUGGCAUGUGUCCUGCUCACAGGCUCCUCAGCUGGCUCAUCCUUGUGGGAGCAGGGCUGCACUGGCCACCAUGCUCAUGCAGAGCUGGAGCAAGUCAUUUGGCUGUGCCGGGUGCUGUCUGGGCUAACUCCAGGCACAGCACCGCUACUUGCUGGCUGUCUGGCUGCACAUAGCUGGUUUUCUCUGUGCCUGAUCACAGCAGGAGACAUGCUGCUGUUGUUCACAGUUUGCACUAAUUUGUAAAGACUGUUGUGGCAAUGCUCUUCUUGCUCUGCCCUUGUUGCUAUCUCAGCACCCUGGCCCAAAACCUGGCUCCACAGGUUUCCUUGUAGCUUGAGAGCACUUUUUCCCAGAGUCUCAUCUGCAAGAAGUCUGGCUAAUGGGCCACCUCCUCAGGGACAUACAACGGUGAAAAUAAAUAGACCAACACAUUUUGAAAGGGUUUAAUGAACAAUGUUCCUCACAGUUGGUAGGAAAAGAAAAGUUACAUUCUAAUUUGGCCCCUAAAAGAUCCCCAUUUUGGUCUCCUGACCAACCUGUUGGGUUCAAGUUGACCUCUGUUGCCUGCAGUGCAACUCUGCUAUUGGCAUUUAACAACCCUCCAUCCUCUCUAGGACUCAGCUUUUCAUAGCAGAUGUGCCAGUCCCUGAUUUUCCAUCUGUCCGGCUGAAUCUCCCAUUCAGAGUGAAAUUAAAAAGGGGGGAAAAUGCUAAGCUGCUGAAACUUCUGGUCAUACUGUAGGAGCUGAUAUUCCCCACGUCUGCCUUGAGGUGCCGACAUCCCACCUUCCUAGGCAGACACAGGCUCAGAGGGAGGCUGUCCGUCCAUCCAUCCACCUGUGUGCUCCCUCUUCUUGUGACCGGACAUGCCCGUGCCACUUUGGACAGCGGGACCAGGGGCUCAUCUCCUCCCGACUCUGUCUUCCCCCAGGGAACUUGAGCCUGGUCAACAUCCACCUCAUGGCAUUUAGACUUCUUCUCACCACCCGUGCUAGAAAUUAGUGUUGUGCUGCCCCUGUGCAAACCCUUGCAAAGGGGGUCAUUGUCCCCUCCAUCCCACUCUCUGUCCUCCACUUGCUGUCUGCUCUGCAGGGCAGGAGGCGCAGCGGCUGCCCAACACUUUUCUGUCCCAAACCUGACCUCUGUCUCCUGCAGCGCAACUCUGCUAUUGGCAUUUAACAACCCUCCAGUCCUUAUUGGAUUGAAAAUACUGGUGGUGUGUCCCAGCUAGGGCAAGUCUGAUACUAAUGAAAAUGAAGCACCUUCACUGACUCUUAGCUGAAAAAUCUGGCUGACCUAUAUGCGGGGCUGACAGUUCAUGAUGCCUUUGUACAUUUUUUUUUCAGAAAUUAACUUUUUUCGCAUGACAAUUGCUCCUCACUGUGAUUUUUUUUAAUGUUCCACAAGAGAUGUCUAAUAUGUUAAUGUCAAAAUCAGAUUAUUACACAUAG